CAGCAGCUUCCGGCGCAGGGCUGGGCUUCUGAGCAGCACAGUCACUGCAGGUGCAAUGCGUCUGGAGCUGCAGUCAGAGCUGGGAUAAUCUGAGACGUGUCUGGACCGUGAUCGGACUGGGCCGGGCCGAGCUGUGUUCUAGCUAGGUUCAGACGGAACAGCUGAUAAGAUGGACGUCGUUGGAGUCAAAGUGCUGGAGACAGCCGAGGACAUCCAGGAACGCCGGCAGCAGGUCCUGGACCGCUACCGGCGUUUCAAGGAGCUCUCCAUCAUGCGCCGGCAGAAGCUGGAAGACUCAUACCGCUUCCAGUUUUUCCGGCGGGAUGCGGAUGAGCUGGAGAAGUGGAUCCAGGAGAAGCUGCAGAUCGCCUCUGAUGAGAACUACAAGGACCCGUCCAACCUGCAGGGGAAACUGCAGAAACAUCAGGCCUUCGAAGCCGAGGUCCAGGCCAACGCCGGCGCCAUCAUCAAGCUGGACCAGACGGGAAACCAGAUGAUCAACGAGGGACACUUCUCUUCGGAGACCAUCCGGACCCGCCUGGAGGAGCUCCAUCGUCUGUGGGACCUCCUCCUGCAGAAGACCAAGGAGAAAGGAAUGCGUCUGCUACAGGCCCAGAAACUGGUCCAGUACCAGCGGGAGUGUGAUGAUGCCCUGGACUGGAUCAAUGACAAGGAGGCCAUCGUCACCUCGGAGGAGGUGGGCCAGGACCUGGAGCACGUGGAGCUCCUUCAGAAGAAGUUUGAGGAGUUUCAGACAGAUCUGGCGGCGCAUGAGGAGCGUGUGAACGAGGUGAACCAGCUGGCGGCUAAGCUGGUCCAGGAGGCCCACCCCGAGGCCGAGCUCAUCGUCCGGAAGCAGGAGGAGGUGAACGCCGCCUGGCAGCGCCUCAAGGGGCUGGCCCAGCAGAGGCAGGCCAAGCUGUUUGGGUCAGCUGAGGUCCAGCGCUUCAACAGGGAUGUGGACGAGACCAUCAGCUGGAUCAAGGAGAAGGAGCAGCUGAUGGCCUCUGAUGACUUUGGGCGGGACCUGGCCAGUGUGCAGGCUCUGCUGAGGAAACACGAAGGUCUGGAGAGGGACCUGGCUGCCCUGGAGGACAAGGUCAACACUCUGGGAGGAGAUGCAGAGCGCCUGCAGCAGUCUCACCCCCAAAACGCUUCCCAGAUCCACCUGAAGAAGGAUGAACUGGUCACCAACUGGGAGCAGAUCCGGACUCUGGCUGCGGAACGCCACGCCCACCUCAACGACUCAUAUCGGCUGCAGCGCUUCACGGCGGACUUCAGGGACCUGACCAGCUGGGUGACAGAGAUGAAGGCUCUGAUCAACGCUGAUGAACUGGCCAAUGACGUGGCAGGAGCUGAGGCUCUGCUGGACCGGCACCAAGAGCACAAGGGUGAAAUCGAUGCUCAUGAGGACAGCUUCAGGUCCACGGACGAGGCAGGUCAGGCCCUGCUCAGCACGGGCCACUACGCCUCCGAGGAGGUCAAGGAGAAGCUUGGGAUCCUAACUCAGGAGAAGGAGUCUCUGCUGGAGCUGUGGGAGGUCCGUCGGCAGCAGUACGAGCAGUGCAUGGACCUUCAGCUCUUCUACAGGGACACGGAGCAGGUGGACAACUGGAUGAGCAAGCAGGAGGCCUUCCUGCUGAACGAGGACCUGGGAGACUCUCUGGACAGCGUGGAGGCAUUACUGAAGAAACAUGAAGACUUCGAGAAGUCUCUGAGCGCUCAGGAGGAGAAGAUCACCGCUUUGGACGAGUUUGCCACCAAACUGAUUCAGAACAACCACUAUGCUAAAGAGGACGUGGCUACGCGCAGAGAUGCACUGCUGAGUCGCAGGAACGCCCUGCAUGAGCGUGCUCAGGCCCGCCGGGCCGCCCUGGAGGACUCCUUCCACCUGCAGCAGUUCUUCAGAGACUCUGACGAGCUGAAGAGCUGGAUCAAUGAGAAAAUGAAGACCGCCACAGACGAGUCCUACAAAGACCCAUCCAACCUGCAGGGUAAGGUCCAGAAACACCAGGCCUUCGAGGCGGAGCUGUCUGCCAACCAGAGCCGCAUCGACGCCCUGCAGAAGUCCGGUCAGGAGCUGCUGGACCGGAACCACUACGCCGCCUCUGAGGUUUCUGCUCGCAUGGAGGAGGUCAGCUCUCAGUGGAAGAAGCUGCUGGAGGCCACCGAGCUGAAAGGGAUCAAACUCCGAGAGGCCAACCAGCAGCAGCAGUUCAACAGGAACGUAGAGGACAUCGAGCUCUGGCUCUACGAAGUGGAGGGACACCUGGCUUCAGACGACUUUGGGAAGGACCUGACCAGCGUCCAGAACCUGCAGAAGAAACAUGCGCUGCUGGAGGCCGACGUAGCCGCUCACCAGGAUCGGAUCGACGGGAUCAGCAUCCAAGCCCGACAGUUCCAGGAAGCAGGUCACUUUGAUGCUGACAACAUCAAGAAAAAGCAGGAGGCGCUGGUGGUUCGUUACGAGGCGCUGCGGGAGCCCAUGGCCGCCCGAAAGCAGAAGCUGUCAGACUCACUCCUCCUCCAGCAGCUCUUCAGAGACGUGGAGGACGAGGAGACCUGGAUCCGUGAGAAGGAGCCCAUCGCCUCCUCCACCAACAGAGGGAAGGACCUGAUUGGUGUCCAGAACCUGCUGAAGAAGCACCAGGCUCUGCAGGCUGAGAUCACAGGUCAUGAACCUCGCAUCAAGGCUGUCACCCAGAAGGGAGAGACCAUGGUGGAGGAAGGUCACUUCGCUGGUGAGGAGGUGAAGACUAAGCUGUCGGAGCUUCAUGGACGUUGGGACACGCUGAAGGCCAAGGCGUCCCAGAGGAGGCAGGACCUGGAGGACUCUCUGCAGGCUCAGCAGUACUUUGCGGAUGCUAAUGAGGCCGAGUCCUGGAUGAGGGAGAAGGAGCCCAUCGUUGGAAGUCCGGACUACGGGAAAGACGAGGACUCGGCCGAGGCUCUCCUGAAGAAGCACGAGGCCCUGAUGUCGGACCUGUCGGCUUACGGCAGCAGCAUCCAGGCCCUGAAGGAGCAGGCCCAGUCCUGCAGGCAACAAGUGGCUCCAACUGACGACGAGACCGGGAAGGAGCUGGUUCUGGCUCUGUACGAUUACCAGGAGAAGAGUCCUCGAGAGGUCACCAUGAAGAAGGGCGACAUCCUCACGCUGCUCAACAGCACCAACAAGGACUGGUGGAAGGUUGAGGUGAACGACCGUCAGGGCUUCGUUCCUGCCGCCUACGUGAAGAAGCUGGACCCGACCCAGUCGUCCUCCAGGGAGAACCUUCUGGACGAGCAUGGCAGCAUCGCGGCCCGGCAGGAGCAGAUCGAGAACCAGCUGGUCACCAAGGAGACCUGCAGCGUGUCUGUGCGCAUGAAGCAGGUGGAAGAGCUGUACGGGACUCUGUUGGAGCUGGGAGAGAAGCGUAAGGACAUGCUGGAGAAGAGCUGCAAGAAGUUCAUGUUGUUCCGCGAAGCCAACGAGCUGCAGCAGUGGAUCAACGAGAAGGAGGGCGCCCUGACCAACGAGGAGGUCGGCUCGGACCUGGAGCAGGUCGAGGUCUUGCAGAAGAAGUUUGACGACUUCCAGAAGGACCUGAAGGCCAACGAGUCCCGCCUGAGGGACAUCAACAAGGUGGCGUCUGAACUGGAGUCAGAAGGUCUGAUGGCUGAGGAGGCUCCUAUGGUUCAGGCUCAGCAACAAGAACAUCUGGGUUCUGCUCCUGGAAAGGAUGAAGCCGACUCUAAGACGGCGUCACCCUGGAAGACCGUACGGUUGGGCGUUCAGACGACGGCGAACUUUAAUUCCAUCAAGGAGCUGAACAACCGCUGGCGCUCGCUGCAGCAGCUGGCUGAAGACCGGAGCAACAUGCUGGGCAGCGCCCACGAGGUGCAACGCUUCCACAGAGACGCCGAUGAGACCAAAGAGUGGAUCGAGGAGAAGAACCAGGCCCUGAACACGGACAACUACGGCCACGACCUGGCCAGCGUUCAGGCUCUGCAGCGUAAACACGAAGGCUUUGAGCGUGACCUGGCAGCUCUGGGUGAUAAGGUGAAGUCUCUGGGAGAGACAGCAGAACGCCUGAUCCAGUCCCACCCUGAGGCUGUGGAUGACAUCCAGGAGAAAUGCACGGAGCUGAACACGGCCUGGAGCAGCCUGGUGGGUCGGGCCGACCAGCGCAAGGAGAAGCUGGGGAACUCUCACGACCUGCAGCGCUUCCUGUCGGACUUCAGGGACCUGAUGUCGUGGAUUAAUGGAAUCCGGGGCUUGGUGUCCUCCGAGGAGCUGGCCAAAGACGUGACGGGAGCCGAGGCUCUUUUAGAACGCCAUCAGGAACACCGGACGGAGAUCGACGCUCGGGCUGGGACCUUCCAGGCCUUCGAGCAGUUUGGCCAGCAGCUGCUUGCUCGAGGGCACUACGCCAGUCCUGAGAUCCAGCAGAAGCUGGAGGCUCUGGACCGCGAGCGGGCGGACCUGGAGAAGGCUUGGGUCCAGCGGCGCAUGAUGUUGGAUCAGUGCCUGGAGCUUCAGCUCUUCAACAGAGACUGCGAGCAGGCGGAGAACUGGAUGGCGGCUCGGGAGGCGUUCCUCGCCAGCGACGAUAAGGGCGACUCCCUGGACAGCGUGGAGGCGCUCAUCAAGAAGCACGAGGACUUCGACAAGGCCAUCAACGUCCAGGAGGAGAAGAUCGCCGCUCUGCAGUCGUUUGCCGACCAGCUGAUCGGAGCCGACCAUUACGCCAAAUCUGACAUCUCCACUCGCCGCAACCAGGUCCUGGACAGGUGGCGCCGUCUGAAGGCCCAGAUGAUCGAGAAGAGAUCCAAACUGGGCGAGUCCCAGACUCUGCAGCAGUUCAGCCGAGACGUGGACGAGAUCGAAGCCUGGAUCAGCGAGAAGCUCCAGACCGCCACCGACGAGUCCUACAAGGACCCCACUAACAUCCAGCUGUCCAAGCUGCUGAGUAAACAUCAGAAGCAUCAGGCGUUUGAAGCUGAGCUGCACGCCAACGCGGACCGGAUCCGCGGAGUCAUCGACACCGGGAACGCUCUGAUCCAGAGGGGGGCGUGUGCCGGCAGCGAGGACGCCGUCAAGGCCCGUCUCAGCGCUCUGGACGAGCAGUGGAACUUCCUGGUGAACAAGUCGGCAGAAAAGAGUCAGAAGCUGAAAGAAGCAAACAAGCAGCAGAACUUCAACACCGGGAUCAAAGACUUUGACUUCUGGCUUUCGGAGGUGGAAGCUCUCCUGGCCUCUGAGGAUUAUGGGAAAGAUCUGGCGUCGGUCAACAACCUGCUGAAGAAGCACCAGCUGCUGGAGGCGGACAUUUCUGCUCACGAGGACCGGCUGAAGGAUCUGAACGGACAGGCCGACAGCCUGAUGGCCAGCAACGCCUUCGACACGUCGCAGGUGAAGGACAAACGCGACGCCGUUAACGGGCGCUUCACUAAGAUCAAGAACAUGGCGGCGACGCGGCGCGCCCGGCUGAACGAGUCGCACCGCCUCCAUCAGUUCUUCCGGGACCUGGAUGACGAGGAGUCCUGGAUCAAAGAGAAGAAGCUGCUGGUGGGUUCCGAGGACUACGGCCGGGAUCUGACUGGAGUCCAGAACCUCAGGAAGAAACACAAGAGGCUGGAAGCGGAGCUGGGAGCGCACGAGCCAGCCAUCCAGUCGGUUCUGGACACGGGGAAGAAGCUUUCUGAUGACAACACUAUAGGUCAGGAGGAGAUCCAGCAGAGGCUGGCCCAGUUUGUGGACCACUGGAAGGAACUGAAGGACUUGUCUGGAGCAAGGGGGAAGAGGCUGGAGGAGUCGCUGGAGUACCAGCAGUUUGUGGCCAACGUGGAGGAAGAAGAAGCCUGGAUCAACGAGAAGCUGAACCUGGUGGGGAGUGAGGACUACGGAGACACGCUGGCUGCUGUUCAGGGUCUUCUGAAGAAACACGAAGCCUUUGAGACGGACUUCACCGUCCACCGGGACCGGGUCAACGACGUCUGUUCUAACGGGGACGAGCUUAUCAAGAAGAACAACCACCACGUGGACAACAUCAGCGCCAAGAUGGUGGCUCUGAAGGGGAAGGUGUCGGAGCUGGAGCGAGCCGCGGCUCAGAGGAAAGCCAAGCUGGACGAGAACUCGGCCUUCCUCCAGUUCAACUGGAAGGCCGACGUGGUGGAGUCCUGGAUCGGUGAGAAGGAGAACAGCCUGAAGACUGAGGACUACGGCAGAGACCUGUCCUCGGUUCAGACUCUGCUCACCAAACAGGAGACCUUUGAUGCGGGUCUUCAAGCCUUCCAGCAGGAGGGAAUCACCAACAUCACGGCUUUGAAGGAUCAGCUCCUCGCCGCCAAACACGUUCAGUCGAAGGCCAUCGAAGCGCGGCACGCCGCUCUGAUCAGACGCUGGAAUCAGCUGCUGUCCAACUCGGCCGCUCGCAAGAAGAAGCUUCUGGAGGCUCAGGAGCACUUCAGAAAGGUGGAGGACUUGUUCCUGACUUUCGCUAAGAAAGCUUCGGCCUUCAACAGCUGGUUUGAGAACGCAGAGGAGGACCUGACUGAUCCCGUCAGGUGCAACUCCCUGGAGGAGAUCCGGGCUCUGCGUGAUGCCCACGAGGCUUUCCGCUCCUCGCUGAGCUCCGCCCAGGCUGACUUCAACCAGCUAGCUGAGCUGGACCAGCAGAUCAAGAGCUACCAGGUGGUGUCCAACCCGUACACCUGGUUCACCAUGGAGGCUCUGGAGGAGACGUGGAGGAACCUGCAGAAGAUCAUCAAGGAGAGAGAGCUGGAGCUGCAGAAGGAGCAGAGGAGGCAGGAGGAGAACGAUAAGCUGCGGCAGGAGUUCGCUCAGCACGCCAAUGCCUUCCACCAGUGGCUGCAGGAGACCAGGACGUAUCUUCUGGAUGGGUCCUGUAUGGUUGAAGAGUCCGGGACCCUGGAGUCGCAGCUGGAGGCCACCAAGCGAAAGCAUCAGGAGAUCCGGGCCAUGCGCAGCCAGCUGAAGAAGAUCGAGGACCUGGGAGCAGCCAUGGAGGAGGCGCUGAUCCUAGACAACAAGUACACGGAGCACAGCACGGUGGGCCUGGCCCAGCAGUGGGACCAGCUGGACCAGCUGGGAAUGAGGAUGCAGCACAACCUGGAGCAGCAGAUCCAGGCCAGGAACACGACUGGAGUCACAGAGGAGGCCCUGAAGGAGUUCAGCAUGAUGUUCAAACACUUCGAUAAGGAGAAGUCGGGUCGUCUGAACCACCAGGAGUUCAAGUCCUGUCUCCGGUCUCUGGGCUACGACCUUCCCAUGGUGGAGGAGGGAGAACCCGACCCGGAGUUUGAGUCCAUCCUGGACACGGUGGAUCCAAACAGGGACGGGAACGUGUCACUGCAGGAGUACAUGGCCUUCAUGAUCAGCAGGGAGACGGAGAACGUCAAGUCCAGCGAGGAGAUCGAGAGCGCCUUCCGGGCCCUGAGCACCGAGAACAAACCCUACGUCACCAAGGAGGAGCUCUACCAGAACCUGACCAAGGAGCAGGCCGACUACUGCCUGUCCCACAUGAAGCCGUUCCUGGACAGCAAAGGCCGAGAAAUCCCGUCAGCCUUCGACUUCGUCGAGUUCACGCGCUCGCUCUUCGUCAACUGAUCCCCCCACCCCCCAGUGACCAACCAGGAUGUGUUAAACACACACGCGCACGCACACACACACACACACACACCCUGCAUGACUCCUGCUUCUUGUGGAUGUUCUGCUGCUGCUGUGCUUUAAUAAAUCUGCUGGUUCUGGUUCUGGAAA